UAGAGUUAUACGAAAAAAAGUAAGGAACACAGUAACAUCUGAAACAAUCAUGCCUGAACAACGACGUCACAUCCAUCAUCUUAAAGCCUAUCAUCAUUCCAGGAAAACACAAGAAUUAUUUGAAAACGAAGAUACUUUAUCAAAGAAAAGGAAUCGUGUUAAAAAAUAUCGAUUAGGAAUAAGAACGGGUAAUACUCUCCAUUAUGGAAAAUUCAAAUAUCUUCACAAAAGGAAAACUAUGGAUCGUUUAAUAAAAUGGGUUUUUUUAUAUAAAAGAGACCAAGCAGAAAUAGACAUAAUGUUAAAAUCAGAAAAAUUUGCCGUGGACGAUGGUGGAUUGAAUAUUAAUUUCUGCAAUGAACCAAAAGAUAUGUUGAAUUUGUCUUAUACUGAAUACUCUUUAAACAAAAAGUAUCGAUGGAAAUUACCAGAUUUAAUCCUUAAUAGUAAAAGAGAUGAUAGUAAUUUAAAAUCUGAUAAUUACACUGUAACGUACGUUGAGAAAAAGCCAAAAGAACUUUACAUGACCGGUAAUGGAUUAACGCAUGCUAUGGAGACUAUUCCAAGUGUAACAUCGUACUGUAAUGAGAAUGGUGACAUUAAAACGCCUAAAAAUAGUAAAUAUUGUUACUUUACCGAUUUUAAGGCAAAAAAGAAAGAAACUACUCAACCUGCAGAUGAAGAUAAUGAUGAUGAAGGGUCGAGAAAACCUGUUGAAAUUCUGUAUGAAAUAUGUAGGAGGAGACCUUUCGAUUCUCAUCAGAAAAGUGUACAUAGGAUUUAUCGCAAAGAUUUAUAUAAUUUGAGCAAUAAGAUUAUCAAACAAGAUGAUACUCAUAGGAGAAAAGGCAUUCCACGUUCAAAACGAUUUCGAGAUGCCAUGAAAGUAGGCAAAGAGGAAGUUUACUAUCCUGCACAUACAGAGGAAUCUCGUGUAGAAAUUUCCGAUUAUCUUCGUCGACCAUCGGCUGAUAUUACCUAUGCCAGCUUUGCUUUUCAAGUUAAAACUAAAAGAGAAAAACGCAAAAGGAAAAAGAAAUUGCAAACUUACGAUAAAUUCAAUGAUUCACACGAAAAGAGAAACAAACUUAUCGUUUUGGACAAUAGUUCUUAUGCUAUGAAAGAAGAUACUGAUAAUAAAGUUGUUGAACAACCUACUAUAGUUGAAACUAAAACGGAAUUUUACGAUAAAAGUGAUCAUAUCUUUGAAUUUUCAAUAGCCAAUUCCGACAAAGAAAACUUUAUAAAAGACUGUACUGACAGUAACUUUUUAGUCAUUAACGGCCAAACAUCUCCUCCAAUGUUUUUAAUAGAUUUUUCUGAUAAAAUCAGAGAAAUUUACAAAGAAAUUGGUGCAUGUUCAAAUUUAAAUAAACUCAGGGGAUUUCUUCAUAUUACAUUUUGGCUGGAAGAUAAUUCUUGCAAGAUAAAAUAUGUUUUGCGCUCAAAUCUUAAAUUCAAAAAUCAAAUUAUGAAUAUUCAAACAAACUGCUUAUCUUUGGAAAUGAUGCUUGAAACUAUUAAAGUGACUAUUACAAAUGAAAUCAUGCCGGAAGACGAAUAUUUCAUGUCGAAGAUAAACUACCAAACAUCUGAUAAGAAUGAAAUUAUUCCAAUUUGUAAUUUUGUAAUGGAUUAUUUUAAUACCUCUCGUAAAUCGUUAAAUGUAUCUGAAGUCUUUCAAAUGAAAUUGAACGAUUAUUGGUUAAAAACUGCUAUUGAGACAACUAGAGGACAAACUGAAGAAAUUCAGUUUCCAAUAAAGAAUAGUAGUACUUACAUGGUAUGUGAAAUUUGUACAAUUGAUGAUUAUAUUGAGUCUGGAGUGUCUUUGAAGUGUGGCCACUGGUUCUGCUUAGAUUGUUGGCAAAGACAUUUAUUAAAUGCAAAGUUUUUUACGUGUCCAAUGUAUGAAUGUAAACAAAAAGUUGAACUACCAUUACUUUUUAUAUUUUUCAACUUUGAAAAGUUUUGUAAUUUGGAAACAAGGAUUGUUGAUGAUAUGCUAGCGAAAGAUGGAAAUUGGUAUUAUUGUCAAAGUCCACUUUGCAAUCGAGUUACCAAUAUAGAAGGAAAUGUUAAAUCGCCUAUGAUGGAAUGCUCCUGCAAAAUGCGAUGGUGUACUGAAUGCGGCGACGAUUAUCAUUGGCCAUCUACUUGCAGACAAAACAAAAUAUUCUGGCAUCAAGCUAAAGUUCUUGGAGUAUCUCAACUUCGAGGAGUAUCAGACGAAAUCUUUGAAGUUGAAGUCAAAUCUUGUCCAUUUUGCAAGAAAAAAAUGCAAAAAAAUGGUGGCUGUAAUUAUAUGUUCUGCUUCUGCGGAAGAGGAUUUUGCUGGAGUUGUCUUAGAGAUUAUAAUAGCGGUUCACACGGUUCCUGUUAUUCGAAGAAUUCAAGCAAUUUCGAAAGAGUUAGACUUGUUGACAACAAAACAAUGGACUACAGUAUGCUUGUAAAAGCUUGUUCUUCAUGGAAUAGCUUUCUUGCGCUUAAAAAAAUAGAUAAGAAUUGUUUCUUACAAUGGAUAAAAGCUAGAUGGACUUUAGAUUCCAGAUACGAUAAAUUAAGUCAGAAACAAUUAUCGUGGGAAAAUUUGACAACCAUUGCUCCAAAAGUCUUGUUCAAAGCCUUGGAUUUAUGUCUUGCAGGAGAAUAUGUAACAACUACUACAUAUAUGCUAAUUGGUAUUGAUGGUAGGGGUUUUGGAUGGAAAAGCAAGAAAUCAAAAACUCAAAGAAAAUGUCUUAAAAAUCUUAUUUCACAAGUUAACCAUUAUAUAGCAGAAAUUAAAUCAUUAAUCAAUUGGAAAAGAGGUAUUAAACCUACUGUAGAAUGGCUCAAUCGUCUUGAUAAAUAUCAAAAGAGAUUAGAGAAUAUCAUAACACAGAUAAUUAAAAUUUCUGCUAACCUAAAUAAAACUGCAUCCAAGAUGAAAAUUAUUUACAAAAUGUAA